UGGAUGACGGAUUUAAUCUUUUCUCUCUCGCUCGCUUUCUGUCAGUCUCUGCAGUCAGUCCUUUGUAUAAGUUGUACAGUAGCUCGUUUAGUACUGAAGGAGGACGGGGUUGUGGGUAUGAUUUACAGUACAGAGAGUGCAGUUAGAGAACAAGAGCAUUUUGGAUUUGUUGUAAACUGGUGUCCCCACUUUCUCUCGCUCUCUCUUUCUAUUUUGCACAGCUUUCUCUCUUGUGAGAAGGGAAGCCGAAUGAUUCAUACGAGCAAUGAUAUAAUAUAAUCCAGCUUUCUUGAUCUGACGCUGCGCAUUUUAUUUGAUUAUUAUUAUUUAUUUUAUUAUUUUUAUUUUCAUCUAAUUCUGGUCCUCUUGUGAGCGCAUGGAGAUUUCACUGAAUGGGAUGGGUUUUGGUGACGUUGCUGCGCUCUCUUCUCGGCCAUUGGCGAAGUGCGCGUGAGAUCUACAGCUGCAUUACAUCAGUGCUCGGUCUGAGCUCGAGCGCGCUGCAGAAACGGAGUCCGGUGUACGGCGGGGAAGGCUGCGGGAUCUGAACUGGUCCUGGUGAAUGAUUAUCCGGACGCGUUCAUGGCACGCCACUUUGACAGCGCGCCUCUACGCGUCUGAACUUGCACCGGGGAGCUCGUGCAGUAGUGCGAUUGUCUACAGGUUAAGACGUCUCGAUGGCUGAGACGACAUCCCCCGAGCCUCUGUCCAGUCUGGACGUGGCCAUUGAUCCUGACUUUGAGCCACAGAAGCGGCCGAGGUCAUGCACUUGGCCGCUGCCGGAGUCCAGCUUGGUUAAGCCAGAAGCCAACGACACGUACAUCAUCCCGGAGGAAGAGGAUGAUGAGGAGGAGAGUGCAAUGGCUGUGAGCGCUAAUGGAGACGAUGGCAGGCCUGAUGGACUGAGCUCGAGCGGAGAUCAGGAUCAGCAGAGCCAGGUCGAGGCUAAAGCGCGCGCUGCUGAGGUGAAUGGACACGGGGUGCAGCAGCAGCAGCAGCAAACCCCACGCAAGUCCUCAUCACGCAGGAACGCCUGGGGUAACCUGUCCUACGCAGAUCUUAUCACCAAAGCCAUCGAGAGCACGCCGGACAAAAGACUGACUCUCUCUCAGAUCUAUGACUGGAUGGUCAGAAAUGUCCCCUACUUCAAAGACAAAGGAGACAGCAACAGCUCCGCUGGCUGGAAGAAUUCCAUCCGACACAACCUGUCCCUGCACAGCCGUUUUGUCCGUGUCCAGAAUGAAGGAACUGGAAAGAGCUCAUGGUGGAUGAUAAAUCCCGAAGGCGGGAGGGGAGGCAAGGCACCACGUCGUCGUGCAGUCUCCAUGGACAAUGGAAACAAGUACACCAAGGGUGCACGAGGACGCGCAGCUAAAAAGAAGGCAGCGUUACAGGCUGCCCAGGAGGGAUCGCUAGAGAAUGUGUCUGCUGGUGGUCUGUCCAAGUGGCCAGGUAGUCCGACAUCACGCAGCAGUGAUGAACUGGAUUCCUGCUGGACUGACUUUCGUUCACGAACAAACUCCAAUGCUAGCACAAUAAGUGGCCGUCUGUCACCUAUCCUAGCCAAUCCAGAGUUGGAUGAGGUUCUAGAUGAUGAGUUGGGCCCACCCCUCUCCCCAAUGCUCUACUCGAGUUCCAGCAGCCUUUCUCCUCCCUCUUCAUCCUCCUCAAACUCCAAACAAUGCCCAGCUGAGCUUCCACGACUAGGCACAAUGAACCUCAAUGAUGGGCUAACUGACAACCUUAUGGUUGACCUGUUGGACAACAUAACAGUUGCACCAUCAACACAGGCAGGUCAGGAUGGCUCCACCUUCACUUUUGGGAGCACCACUUCCUCUCCAGGCUCCUCCUCUUCCUCACCAAAUGGUGCUAGUAGUAGUGGAGGGUUUGGUAAUUCCAUUUUUGGUCCCUCCACUGGAGCAUUACGCCAGACACCCAUGCAGACCAUCCAGGAGAACAAGCAAGCAUCUUUCUCAAGCAUUUCUCGCUUUGGGAACACCACCCUUCAGGAGCUGCUAAACUCUGACUCGCUAGGCUCCCACAGCCACAGUGAUGUCAUGAUGACACAAUCUGACCCACUCAUAUCACAAACCAGUGCAGCCGUUGCUUCUCAGAAUUCCCGUCUUCGCAACGGCCUCAUGCAUCCCAAAGACCCUAUGAUGUCAUCAUUCAGUUCUGGGUUUAAAGGUCAGAGCAGCCUUCUCCAGAACAACCGACAUCAUCAGGGCUCCAAUGCCCAGGGAUCACUGCACUCGCUCCCCAAAAAUGGUCACCCAAGCUUGGCCAAUGACAUUAAUAAUGUAGUAUCUGCCAAGCAGCAUCUCCAGCAGCACUCCUCCAUGUUGCUGAGUGAGGCUUCUGUAUACUCUGGGUUAAAUGGCAGUAAUGGAAUGGGGAUUUCAGGAACCGAACGCUUUCCGACAGACUUGGAUUUGGACAUAUUCAACGGGAGUCUUGACUGUGACGUGGAUUCCAUUAUCCGCUCAGACCUAAUGGACGCUGAUGGUCUAGACUUUAACUUUGAUGCUUUGGUGCAAAACGGCGUCAGCCUGAACCCUGUUGGCAGCUUCAAUGGGACAGCACAGUCCAGUCAAAACUGGGUUCCUGGCUGAAAGUGGUUCCAAAGGCUCAAAAGUUCAUUGCAAAAAAAAAAAAAAAAGAAAAAACACAGACAAAUUUCCAUCCAUCACAGACUCAUGCCAUCCAUCGCCAAGACUGCCGCCAGCACCAAGCACUGGAACCUAUGCCUGUUUACAGUCUACAGCUCUGGAGAAUCUUAUCUUCAAUGCGGGAAACACACCAUCCUGAAUGAAUGACUGAACACAGGACCCACACAGGACAGAGUCCCAACCAGCUACCUUCCAGACAAACAAGAAAAUUCCAAUUAAAUGCUUUUUUUUUUUUUUUUUUUAAAUCAUGACUCAAAACAAUGCCGAGAAAAUGCCGAGAAAAGAGAACCGAUUUGAAAAGUUUCAGGGUGUUUAAAAACAUUCUCAUGGGCUGUGGAUAAGAUUUCCUACGACUUUCUUAUGGUUUAUUGUCAAAUGUCAUCUUCAAGCACUUACACUUUAACCCUUAAUCAAAAUGAGAAUUAAAAUUUAAGAGGACAAAGGUCCCAUGAGUCGAUAUACCCCUUGCAAAUUUCAAAAGUAACACUCGGAUUGAGUUAUGCUUUGACUUGGUGCACUUUGGAUUCUGCCUACAGUUUCAGUUUCGAUAGCAGCAUAAUCAGUUUCUAAUUUGAAGUAGUAGCCUAAUAUCAGAACUGAUUGUAGUGCAAUAUAAUAAGAGAAAUGACUUACUGUUUGUACUGUAUGUAACUAUUUUGAAAAAAAAAAAAAAUAAGAAAGAAAAAUAAGGAGUUUGAGCUCAUUUGUAAAUGCUUCGAAGUGAGAGCUUAGCUGGUGGAAGAACACUCUUUAGCUAAUAGUAAUGCAGUGUCCGGGCUAUGGCAUAUCCGUGUAGCCAAAUUAACGAAUGUUCUUGCGUUGCGAACAUUCCCAUGCCAUACUGGUGCUGAAUAAUCAGUGUUGCUUUAUUGAGGCCGUGUGGGUUCCCAGGGCUUGAAGGACGGAGCAUAAACAUAUUACCAUAGCUUAUGGCAGCAUUUAGUGGUGGGUAGGCUUUCCCUGUGGAAUCCAUCUUUACUGAGCAAAAACAAUAAGCUAUCAUUUGUAUAUUUGCCAAAUUACUUGAACAUGUUGGAGAUGCUGGUAGCCAAAAUCAAGAGGAAAAAAACAACAACAGAUAGUUGAAUUUAGAGACAUCCCGUCUCUAUAUGCAAACUACACCACCGUGGCUCAGGGUUGAAAGGGGUUACCAUAAAACCAUUCAGGUCCCCCGUUUAUUCUAACUGCAUCCUGGUUGUAUACAAUUUCUUGACAGUAAGAAAUGUUAAGGGAAUGUGUGCAUUUAUACCUAAGCAACAAACUUCUAAAAACAGGAAGCAACAAAAGAAUUUGUUGUUGUUGCUUCGUUUGCGGGAGGGGUUUGGGGGUGGGGCUGUUUUUGUGUCUACUUUGAGAUUUUGUUUUGGAAAGCUCAGCUUUUAUUACAAUUGUAUAAAAUGAUGAAAAUUCCCCAGUGUUCUGCGUUGUCUCCCAUCACUAUGCAUGUAUGUAACUGUGCAUAUGCAUUGUGUAAAAUAUGUAAAACAUCCUGCUUAAAGUCAUGUAAUGUUGUGAUGGCACAGUACCAGUUCUUUUUUCAAAUAUGAAGUAUUGAAAAGGGUUUGGGGGGGGGGGGGUGUAUUUCUCAGAGGGGUUCGGACCACUCAUGGGGCACGGGUGGGGGGAGUUAAGUCAAGAUUAUAAAAUACCCCAAAAUGUCAGAAUAGCCUCCCAGUACACAAACUAAAGGUGAUGUGUAGGUGUUGUGAAAAUGAAAAAUCGUGUAUUUAGUCGUCUUCAUAGACAGAACCUAAUCCAUAAAGAGCAAGCUGUAUCUCAUAUAAUGGGCCUCAUUUAUCAGUCUUUUAAGUGAAGUUUUGUGUAAAUCUGUUCAUAGGCCACACCCAACUUCAAAUUCCUGUCGUGUUUACAAAACAAAAAAAAACCACAGAUUUCCUUCGUACUCUCAAGCGUAUGUUCAGAAAUAUCAAUCACACAUAAAGUUAAAAGCACGUUCAUUUAGCGAUACAGACAAAACUCUGUAAUAGGGAAAGCUCAAAGUCCAAAAUGGGGAUGGCAUUGUGAAAGAAAAUGAAUGAAUUCCUCAGAAGUGGAAGUUAUUUUGACUUGUGCUGACACCAAUACAACAUAAUAUUCAACAAAUUACGCUGAAUGAAAAGGUGAAUUAGGUGUGAAUUAAGUGACGUGAAAAGAUAAUGUGUUGACAUGAGGACAGAGGGGGUUAAAAAAAAAGAUCUUCCACUGUCUUGGUAACUAUCCAUUGCGCACCAAUGCGCCAUCUUAGAAAUGCAAUACCUUCUUAGAAAUGCAUGAGGAAAUGUGUUGUAAGGAAACCUGACGAAUUCAAGAAGAAACCAAUGAUGGCAAGUAAAGCAACACGCUAGGGAAUAUACAGCUCAUUGGAGGUUGAGACCUACUACUGUAGAUCCCACUUAGAGUAUUUCUCUCGAAACCCAUGCACUGAUUAAACUCGGACAGGAAUGGCACAAGAUCUUUUUGUCGGUUGAAUUAGUACUAGCUCUAAAGUGUAAACAAACCUAAUUUUUAACCGUCUUUCAUUCUCCAAACAACUUGUAGCAGUCUCAAAAUAUCCGUUCCCUCGUAAGCACGGCAUGCGUUAAAUCUUCCAGUAGCCUUAUUCCAGCUGAGUCAUUGUAGCUGGUCGGCUUACAUCUUCCUUAUGCCGUUGUCAUGUUAAUUUAUGGAUUAGGGUUGGCUUGCAUUCUUUUAUUAUAAAAUUUUUGUUUUUCAUAUUUUACAUUUUUUUUUACUUAUCGCCAUUAAUAUGAAGAAUAUGAACAUGAGCAUUUUCCUUUUUUUUUGUUUUUUUUUACUAAAUUCAUGCAACUGAAAUAAGAGCUAUUUAAACAUGCGUAUAUAUCCGUAUAUAAACCUGCAGUAACUCAUUCGUUCAUAUCCAGCUUGAUAAAUGAGGCCCAUUGUUUGGAAAAUCACGCACUGAACAUUCAGGAUACACAAAUUUUUAAAAACAUUUUAAAUCUUUUUUGGCCCUUGUUCUUCAGAACAACCUUGUAUGUGGUUCUUCUUCCUCUUAUUAUUAUUAUUAUUAUUAUUAUUAUUAUUAUUAUUAUUAUUAUUAUUAUUUGUGGGAGGGGUGACUUGAGUUAUAGACCACCUCAAUAUUUUCCAUGGGAAUAAUAGUUAUUCUACUUCCAGCUGUAACAUCCUCCCAAGUCAAAGGUGUUAUAUGUCCAUGCUGAGGAUCAGAAACGAGUACCACUAUUCUAAUCUCUUCCUGACUUCAUCCCCCUUUCAUUUUUCCUACCUAUUAUCUUUGCCCCUUGACCCCUUGAUCCUGUACAGUAGUAAUGACUUCUCUUCUUGAUGUUAGUGGGUAUUUUUUUUCCCUGUAUACUCCAUUUUGAAUUGCAAUCUAGUUUGUAUAAAAAUGGUGCGCAUGUAAAUAAAGCUUGAUUGAGCUGUA